AUCAUAUUUAUGUUUAGUCAUACAAUACACAUCGUAUUCAUUUGAUAAAACAAAGUAAGGAAUCACGAAGUUUCUAGACUAAUUAGCAUUUAUUGGAUUUAUCAAAAGGAUACUUGAGCGCCAUGGAAUUCCCCAACCUUGGAAGACAUUGUUCUGAAGAAUCAUGCCACAAGUUGGAUUUCUUACCUAUGAAAUGCGACUCGUGUGAUAAAGUUUUCUGUUCGGAGCACUUUAGCUACAUGAAACACCACUGUCCUGGAGCGUACAAGAAAGAUUUCCAAGUGCCAGUUUGCCCACUAUGUGGAGAACCAGUUCCUACUCCUCGCGGGACUUCUCCAGAUCAAACUGUUGGUCAACAUAUGGACCAGUAUUGCAAGUCGGACACAAAGAAAAUUUUCACAAAUCGUUGCUCGUUUAAAAAUUGCAAGAAGAAAGAGCUAAUUCCUGUGACAUGUAAUACUUGCAACAUGAACUUCUGUCUGCGUCAUCGCCAUUCAGUAGACCAUGAGUGUGCUGGUCCUCCACAAAAUCUUCAACGCAACUUAAUAGCCAAUGCAGCAGAAUAUAGAAAAAACAAUAAGCCUACAACUUUAUUCAAUACAAAUCUUAAACCAACAGCGGCAAAUAGAGUAAACAUAACUCGAGGGAGCAGCGAGGCUAAAAAUAUUCAAGGAAAUAUGACUGAAGACGAAGCCUUAGCUCACGCACUUGCACUCUCUAUUAUGGAGUUAGAUGAAUCGGCGGAACGCAACAGAAGAGCUGCUGAACAAAGCCCAACAGUUGCUCCAGUUGGUGGACAACGGAACUCUAAGGAAAAAUGUUCAUUAUCAUAGCAGUUUUCACUGUUGUGGAAAAUGCGAAUUUUAAAUUAUUUCUAGGUCGUAUUACACGUCGUUUAAAUUUGCAAAAAUACGUGCAUCAAUAUUAAAUAAAUUCGAUACAUAUAUAAGUGACUUAAAGAGAGUUUACUAAAAAUUAGUUCUAACAACAUCUAUUGCAUAAUUUAUGGCUUGUUAAUUUUAAUUCAAAUAACUAUAAAAUUAAACACCUGCUUAACUUAAAAAACGA